AUGCUCUCCCCUCUUCCUCUCGCAGAUAUCAUCAUACAGCCCACAAAGUUCAAACCCUGUCCCCGUACCCAGUCCAACGUCUACCACGACAUUGGCCUCCUCGUAUCUGCUUCAGUUUCCCCCAUUCCAUCCGACUCUCCAACCCUGGACGAAGAUCGCCUUUCUUCGCCCACCUCCCCUUCCGGUACUGCCCCCAAUUUCCAGUAUGGCCAUAACAUGUAUGAUGAACCAGUAUCACCGGGCACCAUGUACGACUCUCAUCAGCCAGUUGCCCCGCCCCCCGUUCAAUUUUCGUAUCAAUCCGCUCCCCACCACCAGACCCAGAAUUACCCCCAGUCUGCACUCAGUUCGCUGAGAGAUUUGGACCCUCCCGCUCCCUCUUACCUUUCCGAUUCGCCUUCCCCAGUUGAUGUACAUUCUUCGUCAACUCUCACCCAGUCCGUGUCUUCCUCUUACACCUCUCAUGACCGCUAUUCGCACCGUUCCACCCUUCCCGGCAGAUAUCAAUCCUAUCCUCCUAACUAUCUCGAUCAGAGGCGCAUGUCCGAGCCCGCUGUACCCUACGCCGUGGAAACGGAACAGUUCAGGUACACAGAAAACACCCAAACCAGUGGCCAUGCACCUCCUCGUGCCGCGGGGUAUCUUCAGCGAGGCGCAAGCCUCAGGGACUUGCGUCAACAAUACCAGUCGAUGGAUUAUUCCACUUACCACGCAGUUUCGCCAGGAUCCAGUUGGCGAUCCGCUGAGGACUCUUACCGUCCUACAGAGGAGCCCGCCUCGCCCUACCAACCCAAUUUUUCAGGCUCUCAUGCUUCGCCCACCGCCGGUAUCUCGUAUCCCCAGGGAAAUGAGGACCAUUACGGCCCAUCGCCGCCAGGGACAGGUACUUCCAAUUCAUCUGCUCCUCCGGCACGAACAUCCACUCAUACAGAACUUGUUAUUCCUCCUCAAGGCGUUCACCAGUCUCCCACGAGCCCCCACGACUCCGACGCCAGUAAACGGUACUCGUUCGUGGCCUUGGCCGGGAACGCCGUAAAAAAGCGCCCCCGCAGAAGGUAUGACGAGAUCGAACGGCUGUAUCAGUGCACCUGGCCCGACUGCAACAAGGCGUACGGAACUUUAAACCAUCUCAACGCACAUGUAACCAUGCAAAAACACGGCGCUAAGCGCAGUCCGAAUGAAUUCAAGGAACUGCGAAAGCAGUGGCGUAAAGCAAAAAAGGAGUCUGAAUUUCCCUCUUCCAAUCUGGUGAGGCGGGGUAGUAUGGGGCGUCUCGGAGAUGAAAUAUAUGACUCUCGGUAUCAAUCCCACCAGCACCAGCGGUACUCGUACCCACCCCAGCUGAGCCUUCUUCCUUCGGCCGUCACAAUGGCGCAUAUGCAAUCCGAACGGUACUCUGUUGCCGAUGACAUUCGGUACCCAUCCGACGAUCGCAGCCAUCGCAUUGUCGAGCGCCCAAAUUACGACGAACGUAACAGGUAUUCCGCACCUUCUGACUGGCAACCACCGCCGCCGAGCAGCUACACCCGCUCUCAAUCGCAAUACCCAUCGGUUCCCUUCCCUCCGCCGAGUAGUCUUGUUCCACAGCAUAAUCCUCAUGCCCCUCCGCCAAUUCGCUCAGAAUACGCCCGCCCUUCUUCGUCAUCUCCCCCGGUAAACCGGCUACCACCCAACAGCACUCUUCUUACGCCGCUUCCGGGCUACCAGCCCCCCACGUCUCUGCCGCUCUCCCCUUUAGAUCCCAGCAUAGAUCUGGACUAUGCGAACGAGGGCUAUUACGAUGAUGAGAGCGGGAGAAGACCUGGUUCCGGACAUGCGGGCGUGAGUGGCGAUGAAUACUGA